UGCGGCGUCUGACCGAGACGACUGAGCGGAGCAGGCCGGUGCCGGGAAGGGUCAGGACGGGGAGAGACACGGAGGGAAGACGGGCAGUGCGCGACCACCGGAGGGUUCAGGCCCGGGGCUGCAUGGCGAAACGGGGAGAAGAAGGAUUUGAAGGUCUUAAGGUGGAUCAGUUUCAUCGCCACACAAGUCCCUCAACAUUUUAUUGACAUUUAUUUUAUUUGUGUUGAUUUUAAAUGCAUCAGUCAAGACUGUAGUGUGUUUUUAUUUGAUCAUGCCUCUCGAUCUGGACUGUGACGCAGCAGCGAAAGGAACGAGUCCAGAGGCGAAACAGGAAGUGUGUGAGGUCACACAGGAAAAGAGUGAAAAAGACACACCGACACGAAGAGUUGGACGGCCCGCUCGGAAACGUAAAGCACCAAUAGUGGAUAGUUGUGGCCGUGUGAUUGAGGGCGUGGCCUGUAUGAAGCAGACUGGUUGUAACGGCGAAACAGAGAGGCGGGUUUCACAGAAAAACCUUGAGCGGAAUGACUCCUCCCCUGACUCCGCCCACCACAAUGGCUCAGACAUGCCCCCUGGACCAGAUGAAGACUCUGCCCCAUCCACUCCGCGGAAGAAACGAGGGCGACGGAAACUUGAGCACCCAGAACAACAUGUGGAGGAUGACGACACCAGUAGUGACACCAGCAGAGGAGAGAGUGAUGGAGGCCGUCAGAGGGCCCGACAAGGCUGGGACAUCAGUCUGAGGAGACAACCCGUACAGAGAGAGACCUUCCAGGCUGGAGACCCUUAUCACAUCAGCCGCAAAGAAAGGGAGGAGUUGCUCGCCCGCUGGAGGAAAGAUAAGCAGGACAAAACCCACCUGGGGACUGUCAUGAAUGACACAAUGGACGACCAAUCAGCAGUGGGCUCUCAGAAAGAAGAGGAGGAGUCAGCGAUCAAUCUUUCAUCCAUGGCCACACCCCAACAGCAGCACACUGACCCCGCCUCCCCAACGGUUGCCACAACGCCUGAGCCACCUCCUGUCGCCUGCGUUAACAAAGUGAUUGCGCGAGCUUCAGGGAUGGACAUGGAUUAUGAGGAUGGCCGUGGGUUCGGCAUUGGAGAGCUUGUCUGGGGCAAGUUACGGGGGUUCUCCUGGUGGCCCGGGCGGAUCGUGUCAUGGUGGAUGACGGGUCGCAGUCGAGCGGCUGAAGGGACACGCUGGGUCAUGUGGUUUGGAGAUGGCAAAUUCUCAGUGGUGUGUGUGGAGAAGCUGUUACCCUUGAGCUCAUUUUGCACUUCUUUCCAUCAGCCCACUUACAACAAACAGCCCAUGUACAGAAAAGCUAUCUACGAAGUUUUACAGACGGCGAGCACCCGUGCUGGUAAACCAUUCCCUGUGUGUGUGUCCACGGAUGACUCUGAAUCUGGGAAGAGUGUGGAACUGCAGACGAGGCAGAUGAUUGAAUGGGCCAGUGCUGGAUUCGCCCCCUCUGGAGCCAAAGGCCUGGAGCCACCACCAGCUGAGCGGAACCCGUAUACUGAGGUGUAUCCAGAGAUGUGGGUGGAGCCUGAGGCUGCUGCGUACACAGCUCCACCCGCUGCAAAGAAACCCAGGAAGAACAGCGUGGAGAAACCCAAAAUCAAAGAGAUUAUAGAUGAAGGAACCAGAGAGAGACUUGUGUAUGAGAUCAGGCAGAAAUGUCGUAAUAUUGAAGAUGUCUGUAUUUCCUGUGGAAGUCUGAACGUAUCACUAGAGCACCCUCUUUUUAUCGGAGCCAUGUGCCAGAGCUGCAAGAACUGUUUCCUGGAGUGUGCGUAUCAGUACGAUGAUGACGGUUAUCAGUCGUACUGCACCAUCUGCUGUGGAGGAAGAGAAGUGCUCAUGUGUGGAAACAACAACUGCUGCAGGUGUUUCUGUGUGGAGUGUGUGGAUCUGCUCGUGGGCUCUGGUUCGGCACAGUUAGCGAUAAGUGAAGACCCCUGGAACUGUUACAUGUGCUGCAGCAAAAACGUGUUCGGCCUCCUGAAACGCAGAGAUGACUGGACCUCACGCCUGCAGCUAUUCUUCGCCAACAACCAUGACCAGGACUUUGAGCCUCCAAAGUUGUAUGCACCAGUAGCAGCAGAGAAGAGACAGCCAAUCAGAGUGCUCUCUUUAUUUGAUGGCAUCGCUACAGGGCUGCUGGUGUUGAAGGAUCUGGGUAUACAGGUGAAGCGCUAUGUUGCGUCAGAGGUGUGUGAAGACUCCAUCACAGUCGGGAUGGUACGACACCAGGGACGAAUCACAUAUGUGGGGGAUGUCAGGAAUGUCACACGCAAACAUAUUCAAGAGUGGGGGCCGUUUGAUCUUGUGAUUGGUGGAAGCCCCUGUAACGAUCUGUCGAUCGUCAACCCGGCCAGGAAAGGCCUUUAUGAGGGCACAGGUCGUCUGUUUUUUGAGUUUUACCGGCUGCUUCAUGAAGCUCGGCCCAAAGACGGAGAUGACAGACCGUUCUUCUGGCUGUUUGAAAAUGUUGUUGCUAUGGGAGUCAGUGACAAAAGAGACAUUUCACGCUUUCUGGAGUGUAAUCCAGUUAUGAUUGAUGCUAAGGAAGUGUCUGCUGCACACAGAGCUCGAUACUUCUGGGGCAACUUACCUGGAAUGAACAGGCCGCUGACUGCCAUGGCAAAUGAUAAGCUUGAUUUACAAGACUGUCUGGAACAUGGACGCACAGCCAAGUUUGGCAAAGUGCGAACCAUCACGACUCGCUCAAACUCCAUAAAGCAGGGCAAAGACCAGCAUUACCCCGUCUACAUGAACAACAAAGAGGAUAUCUUGUGGUGCACAGAGAUGGAGAGGAAAAACUAUUAACGAGUGUCGUUUGGUUCUUCAUGCAGUGAACAGCCGUGUAUCAGCUGUACCUGUCACUGUUACCUGAGCGCCAUGCCAAUGUACACUUCACCAAAGCUGCAUGGCAUAUUAUAAUCACAAUUUAUUGCAAAAGUUUUCAAGGUAUGCUACUCAAGAAGAUCUCUUAAGGUAGUACUUAAAGGGUUUUAGGAACAGCGCUGUAUAUUACAUUGAGGGACCAAGGGCGUAGAUUCCAGGGGGGGAUGGGGGGUUGUAACCCCCAAUAUUUAUACCAUGAUCAAUGGAAACAUGUAAAUGCUUCACACUGCAACCCCCCCAAUGUUCAAGCUAAAUCUACGCCAUUGUGAAGGACUGUGUUUAUGGUGGGAAUCUGUCUUGCACCUGUUGUCGGUGUCAGACACUUCCUGCAGGCGGUGCUGUUUCUCAUGUCGACAGUUCGGUGGGCGCAGAUUCCGCUGUCCUUUCAAGAAGACGUGGAUGAAUGGGACAAAGAACAGAAAAAGAGAGGAAUCACAGAAACAGAGAGAACAGGUGGAGGAAUACCUGUUUGAGUACUGUCAGGAUCCGAUCACUUCACUGAAGCCGCAGAUGAGAAAAAAUCACACACAAAAAAUACAUUUACUGUAUCCUCUCAAAACAGAAAAUAGUUGGUACUUCCUUAAAAGUGCACUCAGUAACUUUUGUCUUUGUGUUAUCUUGGACUUACACUGACACCUAGUGGCUUGGAUGCAGCAUAAUUUAAAAUCAGUAGUUUUCAGUUUCAGAUGCCAUUGUAGAAAUGUAGUAUUCACAGUCAGCCAUGAUUACUUUAAUCAAUUAAUGAAAGUGUCAAAUAACAGGACGGUUACUGAGAUUAAGCGAGUAGUAUUCGGCUGGUCAUGUGAUUCUAACAUGGCAGCCCCCAUGCGCGGACCCUCUCCAUGUAGAAUAAAACAGCUUUUAUAAGGUUACUGAUAUGACUGGAGUCUUCAUUUUAAUGUGAGUGCUCAUGAUUUCCUACAUAAAUUGCAAAACUACAAUUCAUGUCUUUAUUACUGAGUGCACCUUUAAAGGUGCUGUUAGACAUUUUAUCCAGCAUACAGCGCAACAGUGCCCGCCCACUUUUUCAGCCAUCUGGGUUCCGGAAGUAUUUUUCACAUAAAUUGUUUUCCAUAGGAUUUUCAUAGAGUUUUAAGCCAUGAACCAAACCAACCAGCUCCGAAGUGAAUCACAACAUUACAAACUUUCAUUUGAAGCAAAAAAGUAUUUGAAAGUCAGACAAAAAGACAAAUGCGCCAUUGAAGUGGGCGGUCGCUCAUGGGCUUGCUUUGCGGGCUUUGUUGGCCACAGUUCUCUGAUUGGUGAUACUUUCUCUGCUGGAUAAUCGGUAAUGAAGUUAUUCACCAGAAAUUACGCUAUCAAACACGAUUGUUAAACAAUUAAGUUGAAAUAGCGACGACUGGUGGCUUCAAAGGAAGCAUAUACCAUUGAUGAACAACCUCGGAGCUCAUGGUAUGUCUGUCUUUAAGCGUUUAUGAGUUAUUGUUGAAAAUCAAUUUGUCUAUGAAAAAAUAAAUGGGAUUGAAACUUACGAAACCGGACUGCUACUCACAAUUAGCUGCUGAAUUAGACCACACCCUUUCUGUCUCGAACUCCGCCCUCCAAAGUGACCGUUCAGACCAAACACGUUCCAUAUAGCUACAACAAAUAUGACACAACGCAGGUGUCUCAAAACAUGCUUUUAAGUGCCCAAACAUACUUCACGUAAGUACGCAGAUGCGAGCGCUUUGCCAACGCAUGGCCAAUGCGUGGUCCCGUUGUACGUACAUUGCGAGCGAUCUUGUGUUACUCUGGCAGUUACAAACCUUGAGGCCGAAACAUACUUCACAAAAGUACGCAAAUGCAAGUGCUUGGCCAACAUGGCCCCGUUGUCCAAACAUUACGUGCGCUCUUGCGUUGCUGUGGCGGUUACAAAACUCAGACCACAAGAGGGCAUUAGAUUUUUUACGCGUGACCACAAAACCGAUGCUGCGUCCAAAACUGGUAUUUUAUAGAUUCAUGUCCGUAACCAGGUAAAUGCUGCCUUCGGAGGCAGGAUGAAAAUAAGGUGCAUUUUAAACUGUUCUGAGACCAGUUUCUUAAGAGUUCCAUUCAUUUAAAACAGCGGUCAGUUAAGCCAUUAACUGAUUAGGCAGCAAGUCAGCGGCCUACGUUUUCGGAUGCAGCCCGGAUGUGGUAGAUGAGUUGAUAGUUGAGGAGUGGGGAGAGACAUGAAGCAAAAACAAGUUCGUCGAAUGGACUGGGGAUAAAAUGUCGUAUAUAUUUUUAGAAAAGAUUCAACUCAAAUUGCUGCCCGAGUCUGCCAUGGCAGUUGUUGAUUGAAAGAAUUAAAUUUUGCGUAGCAAGGUGUGUCUGCAUUCACGUACUUGAGUAGAGUAUGUUUGGGCCUUUGGAACACAAGGGGACGAAAUAGUGUUUUAGGCGCCACGAAACCGGAUGUGGUUGAGUCAACAUGUUGACGAGUGUGCUUUCGUAUUUGUAUUUUUCUGGACAGAAUUUUUAUUUAUUUAUUUUUAUUUAACUUGUUCGACAAGACUCUCCUCAAAUUGCUGCUCCGCCAUGACAGUUGUUGAUUGAAAAAAAAAAAUCUGCUGUUGCACCCCUUGCGGCAACGCUGAGAAUACAGCGCAUACUUGCAUUAGGUUAUUAAUUGCGCAGAGACACAUUUCACAAUGUAACGAAGCGUGAAAUCAACAUUCUUUUGAACCAGACACAGCAUCUAGAAAACACAACGCUUACGCACGAGACGUGGCACAAUGGACAAAGACAUCUGUCUAACCCAUGUUUACAUAAAAAACCAAUGGACAAACAUCGGACACGUCAACAAACCUGAAUGCGCAAAAUGAUUGACAGGCAUAGAGCGUUUCUGAUUGGCUAAAAACGGCGGCCCGCUCCUCUGACCUUUUUUCAUUGCUGUUUACAGAUUCUUUCACAGGAACAGGGGUGAUUUCUCAGGACACCUAUUUUAGUCAUUUCUGUCAGGUAAUAGGGAUAUUUUAUGUAUGGUAUUCCAUAGAAAAAUUGCUUACAUAACCUUUAAGGAAAGCUUUAUAUAUAUACAGUACUGUGCAAAAGUCUUAGGCACAUAAGAUGUUUCACAAAAGCAUUUGUCUUAAGAUGGUUAUUUAUAUCUUCAGCUUUAGUGUAUCAAUAGGAAAUAUAAAUGUUAGACUCCCAAACAUUACUUUUGUAAAUAGAAUAGAAUAGAAUAGAAUAGAAGAACAGGGAGCCCUGCAACAGAUGUCAUGGCCCCCACAGAGCCCCCCACUGAACAUCAUGUCAGUCUGAGAUUACAUAAAGAGACAGAAGCAAUUGAGACAGCCUAAAUAGAGAGAAGAACUGUGGUGAAUUCUCCAAGAAGCUUGGAACGUCUUAUCUGCCAACAACCAAGAAAAACUGUGUCCAGGUGUACCUAGGAGAAUUGGUGCUGUUUUAAAGGCAAAGGUGGUCACACCGAAUAUUGAUUUAGCUUUUUUAUGUUUACUGGACUUUGUAUGACAUUAAUUGAUAAAUGAAAACUAUUUAUGGCAUUAUUUUUGAAGACAUCUUUACUAUGCAACAUUUUUCACAAGUGUCUAUAACUUUUGCACAGUACUGUAUAUAUAUAGAUAGAUGGAUAGAUAUUUAAUAAUCAUCUUUACAAAAAAAGCACUGGAGCAUUACAAUGGUAUUACCUUUGUACUUGGUCAAAAAAAUAAAAUACAAAUAAAAAUGGUAAAAUGAUUUUUGUUUGUAUAAAUGUAAGGAAUUAUUAUUAUCAGAAUAUACAUACAGUAAUCAAUAUUUUAUUACAAUGUUAUUAUACAAAAAUAUAUAUUUUUUAAACUGCACAGAUAAAAAAAAUUGACCUCACAGGAACUUUGCCAUCUCUUAAAAAUAUGCUAAACCUUUUAGAAAAACAAAUCUUUCUGACUAUUCAUACAUUUAUUAGAAGAACACACAAAUAUGUACUUCAAAUGUUUAAGUUUUCAAAAUCCCUGCACACAUUUUGACCACAUCGGUGAAGUAUGGG